AUGGCUUCCAUCGGAGCUCUUCCGCAGACCCUCAAGUCCAUCACAGCCACUAAGAUCAAUGAGCUUGGCAAGCAACGUACACUUUUCGACAAGGCCAAGACUAAGAUUCGAGAAGAUGCAGAAGCAGCGACUGAUCUGCACACUCGCGCGCAAAUUCUUCUCAAUGGUGUCUCCCGCCUGAAGGGAUACCCAAAAGAUGCACUCGACAAAGACGACAUGGAUCUGGAUGUGGAAUCUUCCGACGAUGAUUCAGAGAGCGAAAUGCCUAACCUCGACAUGGGACAGCUCCGUCAAGGGGAUCACUCCAAUAUCCGCCGGUUCCUUUUACAAGGUCGAUACGAUUCCUCCAUCUCGGAGAAGACCUUGCAAAGGUGGAUCGGCCAACUGGAAAAUGAGCUUCGCUACCUCGAGCUCAAGCACGACCAUGCCUCCUUCUACAGUAAGCUGGUUACGGAGUGGCUAGCCCAGUUAGAUGCACAGAACACAUCUGCUAUCAACAAGGACAGUGGGGUGGGCCGGGCGGAAAUGCACGACCAGCGAGCGCAGUGGGAAUCACUAGUAUUUUCCACUGGUAACCACGUUGAAGAAAAGGAAAUUCGCUCCUAUCUUCACGAUCUAUUCAAAAAAGACAAAUUGACCAAACAAGCGUUCAAGGAAAUGCGUGAGAGCCUUAAGAAAUUUGGAAAUGAUCUGGCUACUGAAGGGGGGUGGUUGAAUGUGGAGGAGCUUGAGUGGGUUUCAAAUGCAUUGAUGAAGACCGACCUUCUCAGCGCGGAAAAGACUGCAAUUCUCAAGGAAUUUAUGCGUAACAAAGAGGUUACGCAGGAAGUCGCCGAUGUACUCAACAUGCGGCUGUCGUCUCUGGACAGCUGGGGUUGGAGCAAGGAGGGCAUUCCCGUCGAAAUGCGCCGACAACUAAAUGGAAAAUACCGCGUUUUUAUGGAUGAAGAUCUUCUUGACGCCCUCAUGCUUCAGUAUCUCGGCACGAAGUGGGCCAUCAAGCUACGUGAAGUCUUCACAUCGUUCCUGCUUUCACAUGCCUGGACUCCCAUUCAAGAGAAGAUUCCUGAAGAGUACAUGGAACGACGCAAAUACUUCUAUGGGAGGCCUUCUCGUUCUGCAAACCAAACCAUCAAUAAUUUGCGAAAAGCCACAUACCAGAAAGAAUAUUUUAUGAGUCAACUACCUGAAUCUGUCGACGAAGGCGCUCAAAACUAUGACGACAAUUCUCAGGUUAAAAGUGCCUUGAAUACAAAGCACUCUCUACUUCACCGAUUGAUCACCGAAUCCCUCAUCCAAAAGAAUGCUAGGGGCGAGUUCACUGCGGUUCGAUCCGACUACAAGUGGUUUGGUCCAUCCUUGCCCCAUACAACCGCUCUAACUGUCCUUAAGUACUUUGGUGUUCCCCAAAAGUGGCUGAACUUUUUCAAAGUGUUCCUCGAGGCUCCGCUAAGAUUUGUGCAAGACGGUCCUGCUGCUCAAGUGCAAACCCGCAAGCGUGGAAUUCCUAUGAGCCACACUCUUUCAGACUGCUUCGGGGAAUCGGUCCUUUUCUGUAUGGAUUAUGCAGUGAACCAAGGAACAAACGGAAAUAUUCUGUACCGACUACAUGAUGAUUUCUGGUUCUGGGGAACGGGGAAAGACUGUGAACAAGCUUGGAAGUCUAUGACCAAGUUUGCCAACUUGAUGGGACUGGAAUUCAACGAAGAAAAAACCGGAACAGUCCAGAUGGGCAAAGUCCAGAAAAGUCAAAUUCUCCCUGUCGGUGAAAUUCGUUGGGGCUUCCUGGUCCUCGAUGCAGAGCAGGGUAAGUUCGUCAUCGAUCAGAAACAGGUGGAUCAGCACGUCGAAGAGCUAUAUCGCCAGCUUUCAUCUUGCAAGAGCAUCUUUGAGUGGGUCCAGGCGUGGAAUGGAUAUUUUGGGCGCUUCUUUGCCAACAAUUUUGCAAAGCCUGCCUUGUGUUUCGGCCGAGAUCAUAUUGACAUGGCGAUUGCAACACUCAGCCGUAUCGAGGCUGCUCUUUUUGGAAAAUCUUCCCAUGGAGAUGCUGAACAGAAAGGUGGAGUGACCAACUAUCUGAGAGGACUCAUCGCAGAAAGAUUCAAUAUCCAUGACCUUCCUGAAGGAUUCUUCUACUAUCCUGUUGAGUUGGGCGGUCUCGAGCUACUGAAUCCAUUUGUCAAUCUUCUCUCCAUGCGUGAAAGCAUCAAGCAAACACCGCAAAGAAGACUCCAGAAGGCGAUUUUAGCGGACGAGAUUCGUUAUUACGAGGCCAAGGAAAGGUUCGAGAAACAGGGGUCGGAUUUUCCAACAACACUUCGGGCUUCAAAUGACCAACCUCUUUCAUUUCCUUCACUGAAAGAGCAUAAUAAGUACCCAGAGACCUUCAGUCUUGGGUAUUAUUCUGCCUAUUGCGACUUGAUCCAAAUCCCAAAAGAGAAGAGUGUUGCGAACACUGGCGAUUUGAGAAAAAACAUGAGUGGUCUUAAGGGCCCCACGAGCACAACAAGCAAGCGCACUAUCGACCCGGAAUGGACCGUGAUGACACCUUACUGGCGCUGGGUCGCGGAACUCUAUCAGGACGAGAUGGUGCACACCUACGGAAGUCUGGCGGCUGUUAACCGGGAGUUCAUGCCCCUGGGAGUGGUGAAAACUCUGAAGGAAGGGCGUUUCAGAUGGCAGGGCUAG